GCCGCCACCGCUGCGGGGCCGGGUCUCGCGCCGCCGCCUCGCGCCGCCGAGCUGCCGCGCGGGGUGGGGGAGGAGAGCGGGAGCCGCGCGCGGUGUAAAUGAGCAAAGAUGGAUCAAGAAGGUGGGGGAGAUGGGCAGAAGGCCCCGAGCUUCCAGUGGAGGAACUACAAGCUCAUCGUGGAUCCUGCCUUGGACCCUGCCCUGCGCAGGCCUUCUCAAAAGGUGUACCGCUAUGAUGGAAUCCACUUCAGUGUCAACGACUCAAAGUAUAUACCGGUUGAAGACCUUCAAGAUCCCCGUUGCCAUGUCCGAUCUAAAAACAGGGACUUCUCCCUCCCAGUUCCUAAGUUCAAGCUGGAUGAAUUCUAUAUCGGCCAGAUCCCACUGAAGGAAGUGACUUUUGCAAGACUGAAUGAUAACGUGCGAGAGACCUUCCUGAAGGAUAUGUGCCGGAAGUAUGGUGAGGUAGAAGAGGUGGAGAUCCUUCUUCACCCUCGUACCCGCAAGCACCUGGGGCUGGCCCGCGUGCUCUUCACCAGCACUCGGGGAGCCAAGGAAACAGUGAAAAACCUUCACCUUACCUCUGUUAUGGGCAACAUCAUCCAUGCCCAGCUUGACAUCAAAGGACAACAACGAAUGAAGUACUAUGAGCUGAUAGUAAAUGGCUCUUACACACCCCAGACGGUGCCCACGGGUGGCAAGGCCUUAAGUGAGAAAUUCCAGGGCUCUGGUACAGCCACUGAGACGACUGAGUCCCGCCGCCGUUCCUCCUCAGACACGUCUGCCUACCCAACAGGCACUGCUGUGGGCACACCUGGCAAUGGCACCCCCUGCUCACAGGAUACAAGCUUCUCCAGCAGCCGACAGGAUACCCCAUCUUCCUUUGGCCAAUUCACCCCGCAGUCCUCCCAAGGAACCCCCUACACAUCUCGGGGCAGCACGCCCUACUCUCAGGACUCUGCCUACUCCAGCAGCACCACUUCAACCUCCUUCAAGCCCCGGCGGUCAGAGAACAGCUACCAGGAUUCCUUUUCCCGCCGCCAUUUCUCUGCCUCCUCUGCCACCACAACCACCUCUGCAGCCAUCUCCGCCACCACUGUGGCAACUGCCACGUCCUCUGCCUCUUCCUCCUCAUUGUCCUCGUCCUCCUCAUCUUCUUCAUCCUCUCAUUUCCGUGGUUCUGACUCAAAUUACCCAGCAUAUUAUGAAAGCUGGAAUCGCUAUCAACGCCAUGCUUCCUACCCACCCCGCCGGGCAACUCGAGAGGAGCCUCCUGGGGCCCCCUUUGCUGAAAAUACAACUGAGCGCUUUCCACCUUCUUACACCUCCUACUUGCCCCCUGAACCCAGCCGGCCCUCGGACCAGGACUAUCGGCCUCCUGUCUCUGAGUCUGCACCCCCAGAGCCUCCAGAACCUGGUGGAGGUGGCGGUGGUGGGGGCUCUAGCCCCGAGAGAGAAGAAAUUCGGACCUCCCCUCGUCCCGCCUCACCUGCCCGUUCAGGCUCCCCAGCCCCAGAGACCACCAACGAGAGUGUGCCCUUUGCUCAACACAGCAGCCUGGAUUCCCGCAUUGAGAUGUUGCUGAAAGAGCAGCGCUCCAAGUUUUCAUUUCUGGCCUCUGACACAGAAGAGGAGGAAGAGAACAGCAGUGUCGGCCCUGGGACUCGAGAAACGGGCAGCGAGGUGCCUUCUGGGUCCAGUCAUGGGCCCUGCACGCCCCCUCCAGCUCCAGCUAACUUUGAGGAUGUGACACCAACAGGGAGUGGGGACCCAGGGGCUGUCCGGGAGUCUCCUAAGGCCAAUGGCCAGAACCAGGCAUCUCCAUGCUCUUCAGGAGAGGACAUGGAGAUCUCCGAUGACGACAGGGGCGGCUCACCCCCUCCGGCCCCCACACCUCCCCAGCAACCUCCUCCCCCACCUCCCCCUCCGCCUCCACCACCACCUCCCUACCUGGCUUCUCUUCCCCUUGGUUAUCCUCCCCACCAGCCUACCUACCUCCUCCCACCCCGGCCUGAUGGGCCACCUCCACCUGAGUACCCACCGCCUCCUCCACCACCACCCCACAUUUAUGACUUCGUGAACUCCCUAGAGCUCAUGGAUCGACUUGGAGCUCAGUGGGGAGGAAUGCCCAUGUCCUUCCAGAUGCAGACCCAGAUGUUAACUCGGCUCCAUCAGCUACGGCAGGGCAAAGGACUGACUGCUGCCUCAGCUGCUCCCCCUGGUGCAGCCUUUGGGGAGGCCUUUCUCCCAUUCCCGCCCCCACAAGAGGCACCUUAUGGCUUACCUUAUGCUCUGUAUACACCAGGGCAAGAAGGCCGAGGGACCUACUCCCGGGAGGCCUACCCCCUGCCUUUGCCCAUGACAGCUGAGCCCCUGCUCUCCUCCUCUGUCUCCGGAGAAGAGGCCCGGCUGCCUCCCAGGGAAGAAACUGAGCAGGCAGAGGGCAAGUCCUUACCAGUAGCUGGCACUGUGGCCCAUGUGCUGGCCACCCUUGUCCAAGAGAUGAAGAGUAUCAUGCAGAGAGACCUCAAUCGCAAGAUGGUGGAGAAUGUGGCCUUUGGUGCUUUUGACCAGUGGUGGGAAAGCAAGGAGGAGAAGGCCAAGCCAUUCCAGAAUGCUGCCAAGCAGCAAGCCAAGGAGGAGGAUAAAGAAAAGACUAAGCUCCGAGAACCAGGCAUGUUGUCCCUCGUAGACUGGGCCAAGAGCGGGGGUACCACAGGCAUCGAGGCCUUCACCUUUGGCUCAGGGCUUCGAGGUGCUCUGCGGCUGCCAUCUUUCAAGGUAAAGCGAAAAGAACCAUCAGAGAUUUCAGAGGCCAGUGAAGAGAAGAGACCCCGGCCUUCGACUCCUGCUGAGGAAGAUGAAGAUGACCCUGAACGAGAGAAGGAGGCUGGAGAACCAGGACGCCCAGGGACCAAGCCUCCAAAGCGAGAUGAAGAGCGUGGCAAAACCCAGGGCAAGCACCACAAGUCCUUUGCUCUGGACAGUGAGGGCGAGGAGGCAUCCCAGGAAUCUUCCUCAGACAAGGAUGAGGAGGAUGAGGAAGAAGAUGAGGACGAUGAAGAACAUGAGGAAGCCAUGGAUGUUACAAAGAAAGAGACAGAGGCAUCAGAUGGUGAGGAUGAGGAAAGCAAUUCGUCUUCCAAAUGUUCUCCGUAUGCUGACUCAGAUGGUGAAAACGAUAGCUUGUCAGACUCCGAGAGCAGCACUUCAUCCAGUUCCUCAUCAUCAUCCUCAUCAUCAUCAUCUGAGUCCUCUGAAGAGGAAGAGGAAGAGGAGCCACCAGCAACCAUCUCCUCAGCCUCAUCGCCCCCCAGGGAACCUCCCACCCCUCUGCCAGCACCAGUGGAGGAGCCCAAGUUGGAGAAAGUUGCAAGCUCCCCACUCACCCCUCUUCUCGAGCAAGAGAAGUCUCCCAUCAGAUCUCCAGCUUCAACAGAGGAGCCUCUGCCCAGUGUGCCCCAGCCUCCCACAGAGCCACCAGCUGGGCCCCCCGCCCCUCCUCCCCGUCCUGAUGAGCGGCCCUCCUCUCCAAUUCCCCUCCUGCCUCCACCCAAGAAACGCCGGAAAACAGUCUCCUUCUCUGCUGUGGAGGAAGUGCCGGUCCCAGAACCAGUUUCCACUGCCCCACCACAGGUCAAGCCUCUGGGCCCCGUCUCCCGCAAAGUCCCCCGAGGUGUGGAGCGGACCAUACGCAACCUGCCCCUGGACCACGCUUCUCUGGUCAAGAGUUGGCCUGAGGAAGUGUCCAGAGGGAGUCGAAGCCGGGCUGCAGGCCGAGGUCGCCCCACCGAGGAUGAAGAGGCUGAGCCCGGGACAGAAGUGGAUCUGGCAGUGCUGGCCAACCUGGCCCUUACGCCAGCCAGGCGCGGACUGGCUGCUGUGCCUGCUGGUGAAGAUCUGGAGGUCAUCAGCAUAGAGACUCCAGACGAGGCUGACCAGCCAACCCCCUUCCUCAGCCACAUCCUCCUGGAACAUAACUAUGCUCUGGCCGUCAAGCCACCAACCUCUAUGUUGGCCCCUCGGCCACUGGAGCCAGCUCCUGCCCCUGCAGCCCUCUUCAGCUCCCCAGCAGAUGAAGUUCUAGAGGCCCCUGAAGUGGUAGUCUCAGAGGCAGAGGAGCCGAAACAUCCACCACAGCAGCAGCAGCAGCAGCAGCAUCGAGGGAAGGAGGAGGAAGAGGAGGAGUCCGAGUGGUCUGAGAGUAGUGGCAGCAGCAGCAGCGAUGGGGAGGGUGCCAUUCGCAGGCGCAGUCUCCGCUCUCAUGCCCAGCGCCGACGGCCACCCCCACCACCCCCAUCUCCCCCACCCCCAUCCUUCGAGCCUCGUAGUGAGUUUGAGCAAAUGACCAUCCUGUAUGACAUUUGGAACUCCGGCCUGGACCUGGAGGACAUGAGCUACCUUCGGCUCACAUAUGAACAGCUGCUGCAGCAGACCAGUGGGGCCGACUGGCUGAAUGACACUCACUGGGUCCAUCACACCAUCACCAACCUGAGCACUCCAAAACGCAAGCGGAGACCCCAGGAUGGGCCCCGUGAGCACCAGACAGGCUCUGCCCGUAGCGAAGGCUAUUACCCCAUCAGCAAGAAAGAAAAGGACAGGUACCUGGAUGUUUGUCCUGUCUCAGCACGACAACUGGAAGGAACAGAUGUUCAGGGGACUAACCGGGUGCUUUCGGAGCGGCGGUCAGAGCAGCGGCGAUUGCUGAGUGCUAUUGGCACCUCAGCCAUCAUGGAUAGUGACCUGCUGAAGCUCAACCAGCUCAAGUUUCGGAAGAAGAAGCUUCGAUUUGGCCGGAGUCGCAUCCAUGAGUGGGGUCUUUUUGCCAUGGAACCCAUUGCAGCUGACGAGAUGGUCAUCGAAUACGUGGGUCAGAACAUCCGCCAGAUGGUGGCCGACAUGCGGGAGAAGCGCUAUGUGCAGGAAGGCAUUGGCAGCAGCUACCUGUUUCGGGUGGACCAUGACACCAUCAUCGAUGCCACUAAGUGUGGCAACCUGGCGCGGUUCAUCAAUCACUGCUGCACGCCUAACUGCUACGCCAAGGUUAUCACCAUCGAAUCCCAGAAGAAGAUCGUGAUCUACUCCAAGCAGCCUAUUGGCGUGGACGAGGAAAUCACCUACGAUUACAAAUUCCCGCUGGAGGACAACAAGAUCCCGUGUCUGUGCGGCACUGAGAGCUGCCGGGGCUCCCUCAACUGAAAUGGGGCAGAACUGCUGCCCUCCCCUAUUUAUUCCCCUUGGUGCCCUGAGCUCCCAGCCCCCACUCAGCCUUACUGGGCUUAGCAGGGCCCAUACACCCCCAUCUCCAAACACAAAUAUUGGGGGCCUCCUGAACCCAGUGAGGAAGACAGUCCCUUGAGGCAACUUCCAUCCUCUUGUUGCCCCUGCCCAUCCCCUUAGCCCCUUAUUUUUUUUCUUUGCGGAGAAGAAGCUGUAAAUGUUUCAUAGCUGCCAGCAGCUGUUUCCUGUGGAAACCUGGGGUGCCGGCCUGUACAGAUCCUGUUCUUGGGAGGGGCUGCAUAGCCCUCUUGCUUUGUGUUAAUAAUGGGAACUCCCUUUGUGCCCAGCGUGCACCCCUCCCCAGUUUAAGGGGCCUCUAGGGGCAGUGGCCGUGUUCUCCCCCUGGGGGGGGGGCCCUGUGCCCCCAAUCCUAGGGACUCCGUGCCUGGAACCCUGCCUCAUCUGUUCCUGCCAGACCCUGAGGGUCGCCCUUCCACCCUGGUACCUGGAAGCUCUGGCUUGACCAGGCUGGUGGGUGGCAGACCUUCCCAUUGGGCUGGAUUGUACAUAUGUUAAUACUGCAGACCCAACGCCACAUUUUUAUAAUUGUGAUUAAACUUUAUUGUACAAAA